AUGGAGAAAGCCCGACCAUGUUGUGGAAAGACGCGAAACAGCAGUUGUUUCUCUCUGUUCCUCGUAGUUCUUAGUAUCGAUGAAUGCUUUUCAGCAACCAAAAGAAAAAAGUUUAUCACGGAUGGGUGCGUCCCAGCGAGUGGGGCUUAUGUGGGAUUGGCUGCCGUAGGAGAUGCCGGAUCUUGGCAGAUAGAAUGCAAGGGUUAUCAGUUUUGGACCAUCACUGAUGAUAAAGGCUACUUCACAAUCACUGACAUACGGCCCGGGCAAUAUAAUCUUUACUCCUGGGUCACUGGGUUUAUCGGCGAUUAUCGAUAUAACAAUGUCAUUAACAUAACCUCAGGUUGUGAAGAUGAUGUGGGAGAACUUGUUUAUGAGCCUCCAAGAGAUGGCCCUACACUGUGGGAAAUAGGAACCCCUGAUCGCUCUGCAGCUGAAUUCUAUAUCCCAGAUCCAAAUCCCAAGUACAUUAACAGACUUUAUGUCAAUCAUCCAGAUAGGUUAAGGCAAUAUGGAUUGUGGGAGAGGUAUGCAGAAUUGUAUCCAAAUGAAGACUUGGUCUACACCGUAGGAGUCAGUGACUACAAGAAAGAUUGGUUCUUUGCUCAAGUUAAUAGGAAGAAAGAUAACAACACAUGCCAAGAAACCACAUGGCGAAUUAAUUUCAAACUCGAUAAUGUGAAUACGAAUGGGACCUACAAAUUGCUGGCUCUGGCGUCUGUGCACUCUGCUGAGCUGCAAAUUCGGGUAAAUAACUCAGAAGCAAACCCACCUUUGUUCUGGAGUGGAGAGAUUGGAAAGGAGAACACGAUAGCUAGGCAUGGAAUUCACGGGCUGUACUGGCUGUUCAACGUUGAUGUACAAGGCACUCUACUUGUGCAGGGGAACAAUAGCUUUUUUCUAAAGCAAACAAGAAACACAAGUCCUUUUCAAGGGAUUUUGUAUGAUUAUGUUCGCUUAGAAGGGCCCUCUUCUAUAACUAGUAAUGAUCGUAAUAUAUGAUCUUCGUCCGUAAUAU